UUACAUGGGAUAACACCAUGAUCAACUUGACAUGUGGUUAUCUUGAUCCAGGGUAUACGAUGACUGGCAGAAUUACUAAUAAGUCUGAUGUCUACAGUUUUGGUGUUGUUUUGCUUGAAUUGAUCUCUGGGAAGAAGGCAUUUGAUCCAACCAUAAGGCGCAGUAUUGUUUCAUGGGCACGGCCAUUACUUGAAGACAGUAACAAGUUCACUGAAAUCGCUGACCCACUCAUGAAAGGAAAGUAUCUACAUCGCACACUCGUCCAAGCUCUCGAUCUUGCGAAAUUGAGUUUACAAGAAGACGCUAACAAAAGACCUCUUGUAGCAGAAGUUGUGACUACACUUACAAAUAUACGAAAGAGCAUAGGGUUCAACCGAAGCUGAUCCAUUUACUCCGUUAACGACCAUGGUGUGUAGAGGACAAGGCAUAAGUAAAUAAAAGUCAUGGGGCGAGAUGUAAGGCUGUUAUGAUUUCAAGCAGUAAACCUAACCUAUUUGUAAUGGAGUUGCUCUUUUAUUUGUCUUGACACAGUAAGUUCGGAUUUGAUGGAAAUCCAUACUUCUUUUAGUUUUUAACAUAUCGAAAGCA